CAGACAAUAAACAAACCCAAUUUUUUUAGAAAAACCCCUUUCCUAAAAAAACAAUUAAAAAAAACCCCUUUCUAAAAAAGCAAGCAAAAUUAUUUUGAGAAAGAACCAAUUUCCUCGCUUUUCUCUCCCCCCUCCGCUCUUUGCUUUCGCCCUCACAUGAAUUGUCGUUUCUCCCCCUGGAUCCCCUCCGCUCUUUGAUUUCUAGGGUUUCUGCCCUCCGCCGUUCGAUUCCUUGAUCUCCGGUGAGCAUUUCGAUCUUCGGAUCUGCGAAAUUGGUCCAGGGUUGAGCUAUCUCGCUCGAGAUUUGAGGUCAAUGAUUUGGAUUCUCGAGGGUUUUAUGUGAAAGCUACGUAAUUUGGCGGUGAUUUCGAUCUUUUGGGCGCUCGAUUCGAGAGAUUUGUGAUAAAAUCGCAGUCCACCAGAUUUGGAAAUGUUGGAUAUCUGAGAUCUUAAUGUUCUCCGAGUCUCCGCCAUUCUAUCACACAAGGCGGAGUUGCUCUGGGGAAUGAAGAUGAUAGAUCAAUUUAUCAACUUUGUAAUACGCCCUCCUAGGGCAGAAUAUAAUCCAGACCAGUAUUUAUGGGAUUCAGAGUUCACUCUUGCAGGCAGAAAAUACAAACGGCAAGAUUUGGAGCUGACAAAUGGAAGAGGUCAUACCUUGCAGUGUAGUCAUUAUAGUCCCUCUGUCAUCCCAGAAAACACUGCUCUCCCCUGCGUUAUUUACUGCCAUGGAAAUAGUGGCUGCAGAGCAGACGCGAAUGAGGCAGCUGUCAUCCUUCUUCCUUCAAAUAUUACUGUCUUUGCUCUUGACUUUUCAGGCUCCGGUCUAUCUGGUGGUGAUUAUGUCAGCCUUGGUUGGCACGAGAAAGAUGAUCUCAAAGCUGUUGUUUCUUAUUUGCGGAGCAGCAAACAAGUUUCCUGCAUAGGGCUAUGGGGCAGAUCCAUGGGUGCUGUCACUAGUCUUCUUUAUGGAGCAGAAGACCCUUCAAUUGCUGGCAUGGUGUUGGAUAGUUCUUUCUCUAAUUUAUUUGAUCUGAUGCUGGAGCUUGUGGAUGUUUAUAAGAUCCGACUUCCUAAAUUUACGGUCAAAAUGGCUGUACAGUACAUGCGGCGAGUCAUUCAAAAGAAGGCUAAAUUUGACAUUAUGGAUCUUGAUGUUUUAAAGUUUGCACCCAAGUCCUUCAUUCCAGCAUUAUUUGGUCAUGCUUCAGAGGACAUGUUUGUUCAGCCCCGUCACUCAGAUCGAAUAUACAAAUCAUAUGCAGGAGAUAAGAAUAUUAUCAAAUUUGAAGGGGAUCACAACUCACCCAGGCCACAAUUCUACUAUGAUUCUGUUUCAAUAUUCUUCUACAAUGUUCUUCACCCUCCUCCAAUUUCUGCAAAACCUUUAAAUAAGGUGGAGAAGUACUACGAUUUGGGAGAUAUCAGAGUUGGUGCUGGUGCAGAUGAGGGUCUGUUGUAUGAGAUCAUCAGUGAUCUCCGUACAGCUGGUAAGAAUGCUUCAAGUUCAUCAUCAGCCCCUCCUAGCAUUCCGCUCAGUUCAGCUUCAAAUGUAAAAUCAGUAGUUGAGUUACUGUCAGAAAGUGUAUCUACUAUGUCGCUGAAAGAUGACGUAGAUUUUCUAUUAGAUGAAGCUACCAAAACCGAUUUAGAUGAAAAUGCUUCUGAAUAUUUCCCUUCUCAGGAGAAAACCCAUGUGCAGAAUGAGGAACACUUCUCCCACUCGAGCUCGAAUAGGGAAAGCUGGGGAAGGUGUUCCUCUUUAGGUGCAGGUAGUGGGACGUCAUCCCCAGCUGAUGUCCCUGGGAUCUCCAACUGGGAAGAACAGGAUAAUAGCACACACUCAGAGAAAAGCCAGUCAACAAAGAAAAAUAAUCCUUCGAGAACAUUCAGAGCGCUUGCAUCACCUCUAAGGAGAAUCCAAGGAAAAUCAGCUGCCAAGUUAAAGGAAAAGAAAAAUGGGAAACCUCCAUCGAAGAAGUCAGUGAAGAGGGUAAAGCUGGAGAAAGGAGAAACACUAAGCCAGCGCUUGAGGCUGUGCUUCCUCAAAAGAGUGCCGCAACAUAAGAGACACCAAUCUAUGUAGGUCACCAACCCUAGAUUUGUUGUACCAUACGAGACCACUAUGAAGGUUUUUUGAUUCAGAGUUAACUUAAAGAUACGGAUCUCCUGUAAUUUAUCAUCAGUGGUGAUUUGUUAGUGUUAGAGCUGUUGAUAUGCUUGGUUUGUGUGGUGAAAGAAGGAUUGUUGUAAGAUGGGAGGUUUUCUGUUCAAAUUAGCUGAUGAAAUGGUUCGAGAAAGGUGGGUUCAAGUGAUAAAUUAUGCGCUCUAGAAUCUUGCUAGCAUGAGUUCUGUGAUAAGUUAUGAGAUUGAGAGAUCGAUUGUAGAUCGGUGAAUUGGAUCUUUUGCAUUUUUUACCCGUCGGGUUGCUCAUGUUAUUAUUA